CAUCAACCCCAGCCACGCCUACGCCUGUUUUGCGGCCAGUAGCUGCAACUCCAAAGAGCAACCGAAGGCGCCGACGUGCUAAGCGUACAACAGCUGAGAUGCCUAAUAUACCUGACCUUCGCCCCUUCUACGAAGUGCGUGAAGAUCGAGUACACUGCAUCUUUUGCUGUGCACAGAAGAAGUCAACGUCAUUCAGCCGCUCAACAACGUCCACAAGCAAUUGGCGGCGCCACCUUCUUAUGAAGCACCUGGGACUCUGGGUAGAGGCGUGUGACAGACUUAAGGUAAAGAUUACAGCGGACAAAGCUGAGGGUCCUGUCGCCGCAUACCGGGAGUCAAAGGGACAGGACCCGAAACAGAAUUCAAGCUUGCCUAGUGGGUUUGACGAGGUGCCAGGCUUCUCUUUAGAAGCAUUCAUUGAUGCGUUGGUUGCUUUUAUUGUUAGCAAUGACCAGGUAGGCUUUCUUUGCGUUACUCAGAUUGCAGCGUUAAUGAUGAUCAUAGUCUUUCAAUGUUGUUGAGUCUCCGGAGCUCCGCCGGAUAUUCUUGAUGCUUCGUGAGGAGCUUACCGAUGAUGAUAUUCCCUGCCGAACACAGAUUCGGAAGCGAGUUAUGGAAAUAUGGGAGGAUCAUUUAAAGCAGCUUUCCAAGGAAAUGCAGG